AUAGUCAGCUCUUUAUUAAAGUAAAUAUAAUAAUGUGUUUUUUAUUAAGAUUUAAACAACGUUUUCUACUGCUGACCUAUCAUCACCGAGUACAGUUUAGUUCAAUCACUUGGUAAAAACGUCGCUCAUUAACAUGAAGAGUCAGAUCAGAGCAGACUGAUCACUGUGUUUGAAGAUGUCAUGAACAUUAGUUCACAUGAGUCGAUGUGAUGGAGCCUCCAGCUCCAUCAUCAUCAUCAUCAUCAUCGUCAUCAUCAUCUGUGACUUGGAUCAAAGGAUCAAAGUCAAUGCGCUCCGCUCGUUAACACAUUAAAGAACUGUCAGGUGUUUGGUGCUCGUUUAAAACCGGACCAGAUUCAGCCCAGACCCAGACCCUGGGUGGGACCUGGAGCCUGAACAUGGACGGAAGCAACAGAGUCUCUGACUUCAGCAUCGAGCGCAUCCUGUCUUCACAGUUGGGACACAAACCUUGUCCACGUCAACCUGCUCCACCGCAGCCGCAGCUCGUGGACUUCACACCUGACGGGUUCCUGCACAGGUUCACCUCAGGUGGAUUCUGUUUGGACCCCGUCAGGCUACGGCCCUCCGUGACGGUACCGGUACAGGUCGGUGGGAUGUGUGUGGACGAACCUUUUUACACAUGUGGAUCGGACUUCACCAGCAGCGGCAUUUUCCCCAACUCUGGAGUUUUCCUGCACCUCAGCAGCCAAGAACCCACAGAGUCCCCGCCGUUUUCUUAUCACCACGGCUACCAGCACACACACAUGACCUCACAUCCACGUCAGAAGGCCAGGAUGAGGACCGUGUUCACCGACUGUCAGACCAAACACCUGGAGGCGCUGUUCGAGGUCACGGACUAUCCUGCGGUGGAGGAGCGAGCGCAGGUGGCGAGGAGCACCGGGCUGAGCGAGGAGACGGUGAGGGUGUGGUUUAAAAACCGCAGAGCCAGGAGGAAGCGUCAGCGCAGUGGGUCAAAGGUCAAAUCUCCAUGAGACACUGCUGCCCACACUUUGUCACACAAUGGACAAUGUCAGCCAAACGAUGUUGCAUCACCUGCACAAAGCUGCUGCAGAUGUGACAUGUUUACAUCGAUGAUGCGUUCAGGUUACACUGCGGAAUUCAGACUUUAAUCCCUGCAGCCUCUGGAUCAGGGGCUGGGAGUCCCUUAGAGUUUUUUUACUAUUUUGUUUUAUAUUUCAGAGUAAUUUAUUAUUAUUAUUGAUUUAUGUAAAAAUCACAUUUGUAACUACCAAGGAUUUG